AUGGAAGCUAUACCGUCGCCCUUGAUAAGGAGGAAGCAAUCCACGCCUCUGAUGCCGUCCUUCAUGGUGUCUGCGCCAGGCAAAGCCGCCAUCGCCGCCGCGAUAUCCCUUCGUUCGUAUCUCCUCGUCUCCUUCCUUUCCAAGUCCCACCGUACAGUCACACUCCGUUUCCCAGACAUCCAGCUCGAACAUACCUGGAACAUAGACGAGCUGCCCUGGGACACUUUCUCAGCGAAAGGCAAGAAGAAAUACUACUAUGACCUCGUCACCUCGCUGGACGAGGAUCUGCUCGCAGCUCUUCAGCCGCACAUAAGCACAGUCUCGCCCAAAGUGCCCGAGUCUGCACGCAAGAUACAUCAUGCUUCUGCCACGUCUUUCCUGUAUCUCUUCCUCUCAUUGGCGUCAAGAAAAACACCUCCUUGCGUAUACACACUGCGCUCCACGAUCCCGAUCGGUGCCGGUCUCGGAAGCAGCGCCUCCAUAGCGGUAUGCCUCAGCACCGCCCUCCUUCUCCAGAUCCGGGCGCUCAGCGGCCCACACCAAGACCAACCCUCCAGGGAAUCCGCGCUCCAAAUCGAACGCAUCAACCGCUGGGCCUUCGUCGGCGAAUUGUGCAUUCACGGCAACCCCUCCGGCGUCGACAACACCGUCUCCUCAGGCGGCAAAGCGGUCCUGUUCCAACGCACGAACUACAACGAGCCCCCGACCGUAACGCCCAUAUGGAACUUCCCCGAGCUCCCUCUCCUUCUCGUAAACACGCGCCAAUCCCGUAGCACAUCCGUCGAGGUGUCCAAGGUCAGCGCCCUCAAGACCGCGCACCCGCUCCUCACAGAAAGCAUUCUCAACACCAUUGGCCAAGUCACGGAAUCCGCACACAGGCUCCUCACGUCCCCAGACUUCGAUCCAAAGUCCCCCGCAUCGCUGAAACAUCUCGGCGAACUCGUGACGAUCAACCAUGGCUUGCUUGUCUCGUUAGGCGUCUCCCACCCCAAGCUCGAACGUAUCCGCGAACUUAUCGAUCACACGGGCAUUGGCUGGACGAAGCUCACCGGUGCUGGGGGCGGAGGCUGCGCCAUUACGAUUUUGAAGCCGCAACCGCCGUCGCAGGCGAACGGGAAUGUUAGCAACGGGAAUAUUAGCAACGGCAAAGUCAACGGCGCCCCGCAAUCCCCACCCUCUUCCUCCGACGAAGAAGAAGACGAAGAGGAAGAUUCGGAUGCGUCGGAACCAGCUAGCACCAUCUCCACGCCAACCAAACUCAAACACCGCAUCCUCGACACACUCGAACUCAAACUUUCCGCCGAAGGCUUCGAGAAAUUCGAAACCACGCUCGCGGGCGAUGGCGUGGGUGUCCUCUGGCCCGCUGUCCUGCAUAAUGGGAAUGACGAAGAGGGUGGGGAGGAAAUUGAUCAGGAGAAGUUUCUUAUGGCCGAGGGAAAUGAGGGGAUUGAGAGGUUGGUUGGGGUGCAGAGCGCCAGGUUCAAGGGGAGGGUGAAGGAGGUGAGAGAGGGGUGGAAGUUUUGGAGGCCGUGGGAGACUGAGGCGUAA